ACAAAGCAAUUCCGUUUACUUCCAGGAAUACAGGCUAAGAAACCAAAGAAAACCAAUCCCAUGGAAACUCCAGAAGAAGAAAACAGCAAGGCCAGAGAACCCCUCCUUACAUCCCAUCCAUCAAAGGGUGGCUUAAGAACUCUACCUUUCAUCAUAGCAACCGAGGCUUUCCAAAGAGUUGCCACUACUGGAAUAACACCAAAUUUGAUAGUGUAUUUGACGAGAGAAUUUGGCAUGGAAACUGCUAAAGCUGCCAAUAUAAUCUUCUUUUGGUCAGCUGCCACCAACUUCACUCCGAUCAUCGGUGCUUUCCUCGCGGAUUCUUAUCUGGGAAAGUACUGGAUGAUCGGAUUGGGAUCCAUGGUUUGUUUUCUGGGGAUGGUUCUGUUAUGGUUAACAGCCAUGAUUCCUCAAGCAAGGCCUAUCUGUGAUCAAUUUAGUACCAUUUGCGAAGCCCCCUCAACACUCCAACUUUUAGUCUUGUAUUGUUCGUUCGGCCUAAUCUCUAUCGGAGCUGGUGGCAUGAGGUCAUCGUGCAUGGCCUUCGGUGCAGAUCAGCUGGAUAAGAGAAACAAUCCGGAAAGUGCAAAAUCUUUGCAGGCUUACUUUAGUUGGUACUAUGUUACAGUCACGUUUUCAUGUCUCAUUGCUGUAACUUUCAUCGUCUAUAUUCAAGAUAAAGUGGGGUGGCGAAUGGGGUUUGGGGUACCUGUAAUGCUAAUGUUUGUUUCUGCUCUUUCUUUCUUCUUGGCAUCUUCAUUCUACAUCAAGUUGAAAGCCAAAGCAAGCCUGUUCACUGGUUUUGCUCAAGUUCUAAUGGCCUCUGUUAGAAAUAGGCACAUCGAGUUACCAUCCCAUCCCACAAAUGAAGCUUACUAUCUCGGAAAGGGAUCAAUGCUUCAAGUUCCAAGUGAAAAACUAAGGUUUUUAAAUAAAGCUUGUGUGAUAAAAGAUCCUCAAUGCGACUUCACUUCAAAGGGAACUGCUUCAAAUCCAUGGAAUCUUUGUACAAUUGAUCAAGUGGAGGAUCUAAAAGCAUUGCUCGGAGUGAUGCCACUUUGUUCUGCAGGAAUCAUGUUGUCCGUGACUGUUCUUCAAAGCCCAUUUGCAGUAAUUCUAACAGGCACCAUGGACAGACAUAUAACUUCAAAUUUUGAAAUUCCAGCAGGCUCAUUUAGCAUGUUUCUGAUGAUCUCUAUAGUUGUAUGGAUUCCUUUCUACGAUCGAAUAGCUCUUCCUUUGGCUUCAAAAAUUAAAGGGAAACCGGUUCGUCUUAGUUUGAAAGAAAGAAUGGGGAUUGGACUUCUCUUCUCUUCUGCAUCCAUUGCAGCGUUAGCAAUUGUAGAGUAUGAUCGAAGAAAUAUCGCGAUCCAAGAAGGACUCUCCAACGAACUACAGGCCCCGGUUCACAUGUCUGCACUAUGGCUACUAACAUACUAUGUCCUAGGUGGCUUGGCUGAGGCUUUCAAUGGAAUUGGACAGUUUGAAUUCUGUUACUCUGAAUUGCCUAAAACCAUGUCAACCAUUGCAGCCAAUAUUAACGGAUUAGGACUCUUCAUUGCCAGUUUAGUGGCGAGUUUAAUAACAAACACGGUUGACAAUUUUACGAAAAGUGGAGGGGAAAGUUGGGUUUCAAGCAAUGUGAACAAAGGACAUUAUGAUUAUUAUUAUUGCCUUCUUACUGGCUUGAACGUGCUUAAUUUUAUGUAUUUUCUGGCUUGCAGCAAAGCUUAUGGUCCUUGUCAUGCAGAUAAUGAAAGCCGAGCUGAGAUAUCCAAAAAAGAAGACCAUGAGAGGAUAGAUGAUUGUUAAGUUUCUCAUAAUAUAAGAGGACUCUC